UAGGUGUGUUACCGCCUGCAUUGCUGGGAAAAAAACCCUCACAGGUGUGGAAAGGGCAGGCUUGCCACAGGUUUUGGCUUCUAGGGACCUUUCUCUUCAGGAAGGAUUUUAAUAUUAAUCAGAAAUAUCUCCAGAAAACUCAAGAAGCUGUAGAGGUGAAGUAAGCCUGUGAAAGACCAGAAUGGGAAUCCUGUACUCGGAGCCCAUUUGCCAGGCAGCCUACCAGAAUGACUUGGGUCAAGUGUGGCGGUGGGUAAAAGAAGAUAACCAUUAUGUCAACAUUCAAGAUGGCUUCAAUGGAGACACCCCCCUCAUUUGUGCUUGCAGGCGAGGGCACGUGAAAAUUGUCUCCUUCCUUUUAAGAAGGAAUGCUAAUGUCAACCUCAGAAACAAGAAAGAGAGAACCUGCUUGCAUUAUGCUGUGAAGAAAAGAUUUACCUUCUUUGAUUAUCUACUCAUUAUCCUCUUGAUGCCUGUCCUGCUUAUUGGGUAUUUCCUCAUGGUAUCCAAGACAAAGCAGAAUGAGGUUCUUGUACGAAUGCUCCUUGAUGCUGGCGUCCAAAUUAACGCUAGAGACUGUUAUGGCUGCACUGCAUUACAUUACGCCUGCAAAAUGAAAAACCAGACUCUCAUCCCUUUGCUCCUGGAAGCCCGUGCAGACCCCAUGAUAAAGGACAAGAAUGGUGAGAGCUCAUUGGAUAUUGCACAGAGACUAAAAUUUUCCCAGAUUGAAUUAAUGCUAAGGAAAGCACUGUAAUCCUGUAACCUCACAGAUAGAGAUAGCUACAAAGUUAAAGGACUGGAUUCUAUCUCCAUCUUGGACUUCUGGUCUGAGCAGCUCCAUCUGGGUGUCUCCACUUUAUGCAGAUAAAGAUGCUGCCAUAGUUAAUGUUUUUGAAGAGCCUUUCAUUUAUAAUAUUUUUUACACAGCAGAACACAUGAUGGCCACCAUUUGUCUAGGAAAACAUUAAAGUUGUUGGCGUCUCCACUUCUGCCCAAAACUGAUAUUUCAAACUCAGUUUCUCCUGAAGAAGAGGAUCUGUGUUAUUUGAGAUAUUUUUCUCCUAGUUGUGUCAGGCUUGUAGCAUCUGUUCUGUCUAUCUCAUGCACUAAGAGACAAAUUGUUCCUCUCAGGCCCCUUUAACUACUAAGAGGAAGAAUCAAUGUACAUUUGUAUAGAACUGUGUAAAUGUUUGUGUGUGGGUUCAGUGAGUCCAAUGUAAACAUUCCUUGGGUGAAAACAACUUCAAUAAAAACACCUCUCAGUUGUCAGUGUUACGUGUUUAUACCCCAGAAAUUAGCC